AAGGUGAGAAAAUAAGGGAAUAGGACUAAGAGGCCCAAUUCGCUAGACUGCAUCGCUACAGCCCAUGAAGGCAAAGGCCCAAAGACCCAUUGCCCAAACCCUACGUUCCAACCCACCGACCGAAUCUAGAGCCUCCAAGAAGCCGUCCACCACUGCCUCGUCAAUCCGGUGGCCUCCCCUGGCAGAGGGCCAUAGCAACCAUCUCGCCGCCGACCAAACCUGCUCGCUGCAAUAGUCUGGCUCCGCAAACACAGAACCAAAAGCCUUAUCCGGCAACCCGAAAACGAAUAUCUAGCAGACGACUCCGACUGCCCUCCUCCUCUAGACCCCGAGAGCCUGUCGUCUACCGCCUCCUUGUCGACCCUGAAGCAGCCCCAAAACAAAACCGGGUGCGUUUACAAACCCGAAGCAAGAUCUGAACCUUCAACUUUCUCUUCCGGCCAAACCACCUCCGCAAGCACGAAGGAGAAAGGUGAGAGUAGUUAAACGGCUAAAGGCAAAGAGGGAAAGCGCAGUAAAGUCCAGAAUGAGAUGAAAGCCAAGAAGCUAAGCUCUCUCUUUCGCUCUGCCAUCAAAUACAAACCAUCCUCCUCCUCCUCCUCCUCCGCCAAAUCGCUACCCUCACCCGCCGGGGACGCCACUCUCAAAUUCGUCUCUGCUUCCGAUUCGACUAGGCAGCUCCCUGGGGACAUUUAUUCGAUACUGUGCGGUGGUACUUAUCCUGAUAUCCAGGAAAUCCAUGAUGCAGAAUCUUUGGAGAGGGAAUUGGACUUACCAUGGUUUCCAGAUUUAUCCCAUAGUGCGAUGCCAUUGCGCCGCAAAGAAGUUAGUCGUGAAAGGAAGCAGAGGUUUGCUUUCGGCAACACUCAGGGUAUCCGUUUUGAUAAGUUAGUCGACAUGUGUGCCAACAGGCUAGGGACUGAAACCACUAUUCAAGUGUUUGACAAAUUGGGAAGAGAAACGGGUGUGAAAGAAUGUAAUGCAUUGAUAAAGAGAUGCAUAGAGGGGGCUAGGAUUGCUCCUGAUGAAGUAGUUGGAGAAAAGCAUAUGCAGUUGGCUUUCGAAAUUUUUAAGUCAAUGAAGGAACAGGGUUUCCCGCUUGAAGAGGAAACAUAUGGUCCGUUUCUUGAAUAUCUUAUUGACAUGGGUAUGACAAAAGAGUUUUGCUUUUUCUGCCGAGUUAUCAAAGAUGACAACCCUUUGUCAGUUUCAAGAUUAGGAUACUAUGAGAUGAUGUUGUGGAUCAGAGUCAAUGAUGAAAAAAAGAUUCAAGAGCUCUGUAAUGACAUUGAGAGUUAUGAUGGAGUAAACAAGUCAAUUUUACAAGAGAAUUAUUUGUUAGCACUUUGUGAAAGUGACCGGACGAAGGAGAUUUUGAAGCUGUUAGAAAGUAUGGACAUCACAAAGUUCUCAUCACCGGAUUUUGUGGCACGUAUCUUUAAAUGCCUGGGAAGGCUCCUAUUGGAGUCUUUUGCAGAGAAGGUCCUUCUGGAAUUUAAAGCCAGUGACUGUGCAGCAGGGAAUACUUCAAACUUGAUCUAUAGUUAUGUUGUUGGCAUUCCGAAUUUAGCGGUUGAGGAUGUCAUUUCAAAAUUUAAAAACUUGCACACAAAACUUGAGGUGACACCUUCAUCUGUGUCAUAUGAGAAGCUUAUCAUCUACUGUUGCGAUUCACUUAAGGUGCAUGUGGCUCUUGAGCUGGUGGAUGAGAUGUCUGAACAGGGUUUGACAUUUUCGAUGGAGGCAUUACACUCCAUUUUACAAGCUAGUAGUGAGAGUUGUGACUUUAAUCUGGUUCACCAAAUUUAUUCAGUGAUUAGCCGAGGCAAUUUGAAGCCCAAUAGCGAAACUUUCAGGAGUAUGAUAAAUCUUUGUGUGAAAAUGAAGGAUUAUGAGGGUGCCUAUAGCAUGCUGAGUGAUUUGGAGAAAAUGAAUUUGACGCCCACAGCUGCCAUGUACAAUGCUAUAAUGGUUGGAUAUUUCCGAGAGAAGAACUUGUCCGGUGGGUUAAAGGUUCUCAAACAAAUGAAAGAAGCAGAUGUAAAACCAGAUUCCCACACUUUCAGCCAUCUAAUAACCAACUGCAACUCUGAAGAGGACAUAAACAUGUAUUAUGAAGAAAUGAAGCGAUCUGGAAUUCAAGUUACCAAGCAAGUUUUCAUGGCACUUGUAAAUGCAUAUGCAGCUUGUGGACAGUUUGAAAAGGCAAAACAGGUACUCUUAGACAAGGGAAUUCCAGUAAAGAGCUUCAAUGAGAUUAAAAGUGUGCUUGUCCAAGCCCUUGCAUCACAUGGGCAAUUGUCUGAUGCAUUUAAUACAUAUGAAGAGAUCAAGCAAGCUGGAUGCAGUUUGGAGCCGAAAGCUGUUAUAAGUCUUAUCGAGCACCUUCAAUCUGAUGAAGAAGCAUUAAGCAGAUUACUCCUCCUACUUGAGACACUAAAUGAUCCAAACUAUUGGCUUGAUGGUUGCUUGAGAACUAUCUUAUAUUGUGUUCGUUACAAGCAUUUAAGACCUGCCGUCAAUUUGCUUGAGCAACUCAGGGAUCAGGUCUGUACUGACGAAUUAGCUCUAGAAGUAAUUUUUGAUAAGGUGUUUUCCUUCAUAGCAGAAUCAGAGUCUACAUCUUUAGAGUUUGGCCUAGAUUUGCUUCAUGCUAUGAAGAGUGAGCUUGGCCUCACCCCUUCACGAAAAUGUCUCGAUUUUCUUCUCCAUGCUUGUGUCACUGCCAAAGAUCUGCAAAGUUCCCUAUUUGUAUGGCAAGAAUAUCAAGCCGCUGGCUUGCCUUACAAUACCUUAAGCUUUUUAAGGAUGUAUCAAGCCCUUUUGGCUGCAGGGGACCGAAAGGCUGCAAAAGUUUUGGGACGUAAAAUUCCUAAAGAUGAUCCUCAUGUUCGGUCUAUCAUUGAAUCAUGUACACUGACUUAUUUAGAGAAGAAGGAAGAAAAGAAAAAGAAAAAGAAAAAGAAAAAGAAAUGAUUUAGGAAUAUUUAAAUCAACACAAUGAUUAGGAUUAGAGAUGCAAGUUUUUGUAUCAAACCUGGAGAAAUAAGUCAGAAAAGGACCCCUUCAUGUGGGAAAAGUCCCACACAUCUAACUUAAUUGUACGAAUGCUGGUUCUAUUAUCUAUAUUAUCAGUGCCCAUUGUCUCA